CUUUGGUGCCAGACAGCGUCAAGAAGGAGCUGCUUCAAAGAAUAAGAGCUUUCUUGGCUCAGCAUGCUGCAUAAUUUGGACCUUUCAUCAGAACCGUUGCCAGAACUGUUGUGAUCCACAUUUGCAGGUGUUUGUUAGCUCUGCUUGGACUUUCUGACACUAUAUUUGAAUAUUGUUCAUUUUCAGCAGUUGUGGCAGUUGUUGCUUGUUUUUUAGAGCUCAUUUGCUGCAUUUCCUGGUGUAAGUGUGGAUGAGAGAUGCUGCUGGAAGAACAUCUGGCAGAGUCAUCUGCUGGAGCUGAAGUCUUGGGCUGCAGCGUCGUCUUGUUGUUUUCCUGCAAAGCAUCCAAAUGCUCCAAGAUGCAUGUUAAUCUUUACACCUGUUUGUAGUCUUCAUGUUGAGGUUAUUUGUUGGAAUAAAGACUUACAGUCCUGGAAUUUUU